AUGGAGGCAUUGAGCAGUGCAACUAUGUUGCCCAUGCUGUUCAUCGUUACGGCGCUGCUCUCCCAGGCAGCCAUGCCAUCGUCCAUGCCAUCGUUGAUCUCCGUGCCAACUGAGGAGCUCGAACGCACAAGUGUGCCCCUUGCCCAGGGGCGCCUCACCGCGGACUACCAUGCGGAGUCGUGCCCAAACCUGCAGCAGAUUGUGCGCACCGCGGUGGAGGAAGCGUUCCGAGACGAUGUUGCCAUCGCUGCCGGCCUCCUCCGUAUCUUCAUGAGCGACUGCUUCGUUUAUGGCUGCGACGCAUCGCUUCUUCUGAACGGCACUUACCAAGUGGGCGAGAGGGUAUACCACAGCGAGCAGAUCCUGGAACCGAAGGCCAGGCUGCAGCCCAAGGCGCUGCAGCUCAACGAGGAUAUCCGCAUAGCUGUACAUGGCACCUGCGGACCUACCGUCUCCUGCACCGACAUCACCGUUCUCGCUGCCCGUGAUUCGGUCGUCGUGAUGUUAGUACAUUUUCUUUUGGACUUGGUCAAAGUUAAACAUGUUUGUCUUAGGAUAAAUCUAAAACCUCAAAUAUUCUGGAACGGAGGGAGUAAUAUAUAUAUAUAUAGUAUUCUCAUUUGCAGUCUGGUGGAGUCCUACGAUCUGCUGCUCGGCCGCCUGGACAGCUUAUUGCCCAAUCGGUGGCAAGAGGUUUACGGCCAGCUCCCGCGUCCCACCGGAAGUGUUGACCAGCUCGUUGCCCACUUCGCUAGUAGGCUUGAUCUCACCGAACUCGAUCUUGUGGCGCUCUCCGGCGCGCACACCAUCGGCAAGGCUCAGUGCAGUGCCUUCUCCGACCGGUUCGGUCCUCGAGAAGACGGCGAGUUUGUACAGAGGCUCGCCGCGAACUGCUCCAGCGACGGAGAGCGGCUGCAGGACCUUGACAUAGAGACCCCGAGAGCAUUCGACAAUGCCUACUACCGAAACCUGGUGGCCGGGAAGGGGGUGCUCAACUCCGACAAGACGCUCAUGAAUGACCCGCGUACAAAGGAACUGGUCGAAGGCUUUGCUGCGGACCAGUGGUGGUGGUUCUUCAACCAGUUCGGCACAUCCAUGAAGAAGGUACCAUUGAUGUACCAAGCCGUCCCUGGGAGAUUUGGUGAGAUCCGCCGUUUCGGCUGCUUCAGACGCAACUCUGCCCCUAACCAAGCCUGAUGUCAUCUGCUUGAGAUCAUAAAAUAAAAUUGUUGUAUCAGUAUAUCUAUUUCCAGUGUAAUAAGAGCUAGCUAGCCAGUUGGUCAUGAAUCCGCCUAGCAAGUCUAUCAUGCAUGCGCCGCGGCCACACGAAUUUCAU